UAAACAAAACAGAAAACAAUUACUCACUCUCUAUAAAAAUCCCUUCUGGGCGUGUGCCCUCCACAAGCAAAUAUUAACAUUUCUUCUUCUUCUUCUUCUUCUUCUUCUUCUUAACAUAUUCAAAUUCGAUUCAUCAUAUAAUUCAGUUAAUAUGGCUUCUGAGUCUGGCAGUGUUGAUUAUACUCAACGUGCUCAGUGGCUCCGAGCAGCAAUCCUAGGGGCCAAUGAUGGGCUCGUCUCUGUUGCUUCGCUCAUGAUGGGCGUCGGAGCCGUGAAGCCCGACGCCAAAGCCAUGCUUAUUGCUGGAUUUGCUGGACUGGUUGCCGGAGCUUGUAGUAUGGCCAUAGGGGAGUUUGUCUCAGUUUAUACUCAAUAUGAUAUUGAGAAAGCUCAGCUGAAGAGAAAUGGGAAGGAAAAGAAUAAUAACAUGGAACCAAAACAGCCGGGCGAGGAGGAAGAGAAGCUGCCGAAUCCACUACAGGCUGCACUGGCAUCGGCGAUAGCGUUUUCGGUGGGAGCAGUCAUUCCUUUGGUGGCAGCAGUGUUUAUCCGAGACCAUAAGGUGAGGCUGGGGGUGGUGGCAGCGGUGGCGAGCUUGACGCUAUUGGUUUUUGGGAUAGUUGGAGCCAUCUUGGGGAGAACUCCGGUUGGAAAAUCAGCAGCAAGAGUGGUGGUUGGAGGGUGGAUGGCUAUGGCCAUUACUUUUGGCCUUACGAAGCUGCUUGGGUCUAAGGGACUAUGAAGGCUACAUAUAUUUGUACUCUCAAGAAAUAAAUUAAUUAAUUAUACACACACAUACAUAUAUAUAUAUGUGUGUGUGUGUGUUAUGUUGUGUUUGUGUUUUUGUUUUCUAAGUAUGCAUGAGUUUUAAAAAGUAGGAGUUCCCUUUCAUAAGUCUAACAAAUAAAUUAUGUUGGCAAAACCAAAAUGUGUGGAUUUUUUCUUUUAAAUUUUCAUAUAAGAAGUAGUCUUAAAUGAAUAUUUUUAUUUUGGAUGAGAUGUUUCUAAUUCCAUAAUUGUUUUAAUGUCAAAACUGAUGAAAGUUCUUUUAAAUACCAAA